UUAACGGCUUUAAUUUGAAUGUUUCCUUCUGAUUUCCACACACUCCAUCGUCUACGCAUUCAAUUUCUUCUUCUUUCAUUAUUAAUAUCUUUGAAAAGUUUCCACCCCCAAUCACCAUUCAUUAGGGUAUUGACUCCGUCUCUCCAAUCUCCGGCUUUCACUACAGCGAAUAGCAGAUCAUGUCGGCGAUGUCAACUGGAUUAUCAUAUUUUGAUGAGUUGAGAGAUAAUCCGGAGGUCAUUGAUCCUCCUCAAAUGGAAGAUGCAAUGGAUGUAGCGGAACAUGUCCAUGACCCUGCUCAAAAUGCAUUAAAGUCUAACGUACUUGCCACUAGCAGUGUCCGCGACCUAUUAGAGUGUCCGGUUUGCUUGAAUGCCAUGUACCCUCCUAUUCAUCAGUGCUCAAAUGGUCACACGUUAUGUUCGGGUUGCAAACCGCGGGUGCACAAUCGUUGUCCAACGUGCCGCCAUGAACUUGGGAACAUUAGAUGUCUUGCACUCGAGAAAGUGGCUGCAUCCCUUGAACUUCCGUGUAAAUAUCAGAGUUACGGGUGUGUGGGAAUCUUUCCGUAUUACAGCAAGUUAAAACAUGAAUCUCAAUGUGUCUUUAGACCCUAUAAUUGUCCGUAUGCUGGCUCAGAAUGCACGGUUAUUGGCGAUAUCCCGUAUCUUGUGGCGCAUCUUAAAGACGGCCACAAAGUUGACAUGCAUAGCGGCAGUACUUUUAAUCAUCGGUAUGUCAAAUCAAAUCCUCAUGAGGUUGAGAAUGCAACAUGGAUGCUUACGGUAUUUAGUUGCUUUGGUCAAUACUUUUGUCUCCAUUUCGAGGCCUUUCAGCUGGGAAUGGCACCCGUUUAUAUCGCGUUUCUAAGAUUCAUGGGUGACGAUGACGAGGCAAAGAACUACAGCUACAGCCUUGAAGUUGGCGGGAACGGUCGGAAGAUGACGUGGCAAGGAGUGCCGAGAAGCAUCAGGGACAGUCACCGGAAAGUUCGUGAUAGUUUCGAUGGUCUGAUUAUUCAAAGAAAUAUGGCCCUUUUCUUCUCAGGGGGAGAUAGGAAGGAAUUGAAGCUGAGAGUUACUGGUAGGAUUUGGAAAGAACAGUAAAAAAGAAGAAAGAAUAAGGUUUGAAUUUGGUGUAGUUGUAGUUAGAAGGGGUUAGUUAAAUGGGCAAACUCUCUUUGCUUCUUUUUGCAUUUCCUGGUUGUAUGAAUUUCUUUCGUUAGGAAAUGAAAUUUUGGCCUGCGGAAUUCAGAGUAUUGUUUACU